UUUGGUCAAUUUUCUUUGCACUAGCUCCGUGGGAACCUCCCUCUUCUCCGCUGGGGGGCGCUGCUGCCGCCGAAGUUUUCUUGGAGCCUGGAGAGUCUGGCUGGGACCUGUCUAGCAUUCCCGGAGCAGACCCGUUAGCCACCGGCGCGCUGGCCGCUGCCGCUAGAAGAGCUUCGUUGCCUGCUCUCCAUGCCCUCCGUCGGUCAGCUGAGCGGAUGGGGGAUUUCUGAGGCUGCGAGGCCUCUGGCUGUAGAAUGGCUGCGUCUUUCCGCUACGGAGUGACCAUCACGGGAGCUAUCUUGCUGGUGACAGGAACGCUUUGUUUUGCCUGGUGGAGUGACGGAGAGGUGGGACCCACGUCUAAUAGCGAUGCUAUGGCUGUGCCCCAUGGAGAAGCCAAAGUGGUGCCGAACUCCACCUCCUCGAAUGCACUACUCAGGUCUGUCAGCUUCUUCUGCUGCGGCAUCGGUGGCAUCCUCCUCCUCUUUGGCCUUUUGUGGUCGGUGAAAGCAAAUGCUCGGGGGAUGUCUCGACACUACCAGUACCACUUUUCCAGAGACCUUCACUACUUCACCGUGGAACCUCCUGAUAAAAGGACGUACAGUGCCUGGGAUUCCAAUGCUAUCCCCACCUAUGAAGAAGCCCUGAACUGCAGGCCUGCUCAAAGUCCCGUUGGUUAUAUACCGCCUUGUGGUGGGAAGGAGGAGAAUACACCCCCUCUAUAUGAAGACUUGGAUGAGGAUGACACAUGGCCAAGGAGCCGCAGACGCAGCUCCUCAGACAGCAUGCUGCUCAGGACCACGUCAUCCAGGAGGGAAACAGAGUCACAGGGUGAGCCCAGUGCCACACCCCCUCCUAGCUACGAAGACAUCAGUGUACGUGGUGUAUGAUUUACAGACCACAUGCAAUGCUUUGGACUCUAUAGAUUGCUGCCUUCUUUGUUUGCUUUAGAGCCUGCCCUUUCCUUCUCUAAAGUAAUGAUCAUGAAGUGAGAAGGGAAACAUAGAUCAGCUUUUAAGAUCAAAAUAGCUUUUUUGUCAUUUCUAGGCAUCAAUCCAGAAUAAUUACAGUAAAUCCAGAUAAUCUCAAUGCUGCCAAUUUCUGAGUUGUGUGGAUAAUCAGUAUGUUUUAAAGCCUCUGAAUUUUUAAUAAAAUCACUGAUGAUUGCAAAUGUUUGACAGGUAGCAGGAUAGAGAAGAUAAUAUUUAUUCUGAGUACAUUGACUUGCAUGGAGGAAAUCUUUACCAGAGAGAACCAGCCAAAUCCAGCAUCUUAGCUUUUUCACAAAAGCCUAGUGAUUUAGGUGCCCAAACGCCAUUUCAAGAAAUGAUUCAGUCACUAAGGAGGCUAAGCCACAUUGCUAUUCAAUGACACUGGCUAAAGUUUUCAGAAGUGCUUAGUGAUGUUUGAGUGACUGGAUAUACCUGAAAGGGAUCUGAUUUUCAGAAAGCACAGAGCAUCCACCUUUUGAGAAACAGGCUCUGAAAGAGCCUCAGGUUGAGCACUCCAAACCUGAGACUCCUCCAAAUCAACAGUUUCUUUUUCUAUGUGCUGAAUGUACUUUUGACAGUGUUUCCCAUCAGGCUUGCUGACAGGAGCGGGAGGAAGGAGGCAGCUGCCCCAGGGCCCAGUGACUGAAAAGGGCCCAGGGUUCCCAGCUGCCACUACUGCAGGAGCGGUGAUGGUUGAAGCGCUGGGCCCUUUAGUUUCUACUGGCGCGCUGUGUGCUCUGGGUAGCUCUGAGCGCCGGCUGGAGAGGCACGAGUGCAGUGCAGUGUGCUCCGGACAGCACUGAGGGCUGGCUGCCCCUAGCCCUGCCCCUUUCUUCUGAGGCCCCGCCCCUUCUGGGAGAGUGGAGCCAGGCCCCACCCCCUUUGCCCAGGGGCCGGCAAUUCUGUCAACCCUGUUUCCUAUAGUCACUAGGCAGCAGGGUUGUUCUGGUAAA